AAAAGGGAAGAGAGAGAGAAAGAGAUAGACAGAUAGAUAGAUAGACAGAGAGGGACCGUGAGGGACUGUGCUCGGUUAAUCCGGGCUCUCGUGUGUAGGCACACAAUAGCUGAUCGAGUGUACUGGUAGUGACACACGGCUGCGAACGGUUUCCUUAAACAAGAAGGAGAACAGAGGAAGCUCGCUUUGGUGCAUGGUGGCUGUGUGCGUGUCACCGGGAAACAGUUCCAGAGCCGCUCCGGCGGCGCUCCCCGAAUCUUAACCGCAGAAUCGAGAAUCCUCCGUUCGCGGUGGUGGCGGCGAGGCCUGGUGGUGUCUGUCUGUCUGUCUCGGGCCACGAGAGGAUUCAGGCAGUUGGAUCGCGAUCGCACGCGGCAGGGGCCCCUUGUUUUGCUAAUGGAGGUGACCGUUUUCGUGUGUGUUCGACCGCAAGGGAACAGACCACGGCGAUGCACGCCGUAUUGACUGAAACGCGAUAUUUCUCAUUGACUAUUCCUCCCGGCCGGCCGGGUGAGAACAGAGCCAGAUCGAAAUUGGCAUGGAAUCGUCCAGGGUCCUCGACACGACGAACACUCGCUGCUGCUCCAGUCUGUGAUAAUCACUAGCCGCUUAGAAACAAGAGUAAACGAACGGGAGGAGGAGGAAAAGACGGAACGUGAAGAAGAAACGCGGCGGAAGAAGGGAUAGAACCUGUGUAUGUGUGUGGUUCGCGCGUGUUCCUCAUUCUGCUCCGUUUCCUUCGUCAUAUAUAUAUAUAUAGAUAUAUAUAUAGAUAUAUAUAUAUUUACAAGUGUAAACAGUUUUCGGAAAAUCAGUUUUCGAGGUUAGGAUAGCAUGGGGAUUGAUCCCCUGAAGGCAUCGACCGACGCACCGUGACACCUGCGACUCGCCGCGUACACGGUUGUGUCUCUCCUGUUCCUCCCUGUGCCGUUGUCGACGUUAUCGUCGCCGUCGUCAACGUCGUGUCGUGCCGUGUGUGCGUGCCAAUCCCCGUAAGACGCGUCUCUCUGUGUGUGUGUGUACAUAGAUUCUUCCCCCAGGAAGCCGCUGGAGUAUUAUAUCCGUCGGCGGUUGUCCGAGGGAAGACGAGAAAAGAAAAUAUGUCAAGAAUGGGGAUCGAUCCCCGAUACGACACCGUGCAACGUCGCGACCAUUAAAAAUCGACCGUGAACCGGGGGAGGGGGGGGUUUGUUAUUCAACGCGUGUCUCUCUCGGGGGAGAACCUUUAUUUUUUUAUUUUCUCCUUUUUUAACCCUUCGGUUUCUCUAUCUGUCGGUCCCGUUGUCCCGCCGUUUAUACGAUCCGUGUGUGCUUUUCUCGCCGCAUCUCCCGACAGUUCGCGCGGACACGGGUUGUCGCCACGGAUAAUUUCGCCGCAACGGAGGAGGAGACCAUUGUCCAGCGAAAAUGCAGAAAAGGGACGGUAGAGAGACACGCGAGAAAGAGUUCGCGCUUAGCCCCGAACGCGACCAGGAAGCCGCGAAGAGGAUCUCGCGCGGCAGCGGGAACGCGACCAGGUCCAACGUGCACUCGUCGAGGCAUAGUGUCACGUCGUCCUCCAAUGUGUUGAUGGUUGGCCCGAACUUCCGUGUCGGCAAGAAAAUCGGAUCCGGCAACUUCGGGGAACUUCGGCUCGGGAAGAACCUCUACAAUAACGAGCAUGUAGCAAUUAAAAUGGAACCAAUGAGGUCGAAGGCGCCACAGCUGCACUUAGAAUAUAGGUUUUACAAAUUAUUAGGUUCACACGAGGGUAUUCCGGAAGUAUAUUACUUCGGCCCAUGCGGGAAGUUCAACGCCUUGGUGAUGGAGCUGCUUGGCCCGAGCCUGGAGGACCUGUUCGACCUCUGUGGGAGGAGGUUUACCCUGAAGACCGUUCUGAACAUCGCCACACAACUACUCUAUAGGAUAGAGUACGUUCACAGUCGACACCUGAUCUAUCGGGACAUCAAGCCGGAGAACUUCCUGAUCGGACGGUGCCCAACAAAACGGGAGAAGAUCGUUCACAUCAUCGACUUCGGACUGGCCAAAGAGUACAUAGACCUGGAGACGAACAAACACAUACCCUAUCGGGAACACAAAAGCCUGACGGGGACGGCGCGUUACAUGAGCAUCAACACGCACCUUGGAAAAGAGCAGAGCAGAAGAGACGACCUGGAAGCGCUGGGGCACAUGUUCAUGUACUUCCUGCGGGGCAGCCUGCCCUGGCAGGGUCUGAAGGCGGACACGCUGAAGGAGCGGUAUCAGAAGAUCGGCGAGACGAAGCGGAACACACCGAUCGAGGUGCUCUGCGACGGGCACCCGGAAGAGAUGGCCAAGUACCUGCGGUACGUCCGCAGACUGGACUUCUUCGAGACGCCCGACUACGAGUACCUGAGGAACCUGUUCAAGGAACUCUUCCAGAAACGGGGCUUCCUCGACGACGGCGAGUUCGAUUGGAAUGGCAAGUCGAUGCCACACAACUUCGACAAGCUUAGGGUGCUGCGGAACGCGCCUCCCUCUCACGUGGAAAAAACGAGAUCCGAUAAGUCGACGCCCGUUGGAUCGCUACAGACCGGACAGGAGAUCAUCGUGUCGCCGAGUCGCGAUCGGCAUCCGUACAAGGAUGUGACUGCAUCAGGAGGGGUGGGAGGCGGGGGCGGUAAGUUGGUGGGAACCACGUGGCAGGAUACCGUGAAGCAAUCAGGACCGGGUGGUACGUUGACACCCGCUGAUAGGCACGGUUCAGUACAGGUGGUGUCAUCGACGAACGGAGAGUUGGCGAACGACGAUCCCACCGCAGGACACUCGAACACACCAAUCACAGCGCCGCAAGAGGUGGACAUGGUCGACGAAACCAAUGUUGGUUUUUUUUACAGAUGCUGUUGCUUCUUCAAGCGGAAGAAGAAGAAAAGUGGAAGGCAAAAGUGACUGUCUGUUGUCGUCGAUCUUGGGGGGGCAGUACAGUGCGCGUGUAACAGUGCGGAUGAUCGAGUCUACGAGGAUGAUGAUCAUGCGAGUGUCGUCGGGCCGCUGCAAACCGGUGAGCCGAACCGGCGGAGAAAGAGGAUCACCCUCGCCGAGCCUGAGUCCGAUCUGGAUCCAAAAUGGCGGUGUAGGCCGGCGAAGCUUCUGCGGACCGGAAGUCGCUCGAUUUCCCGGGAUCCACUACUGCAGACCACGAUGGCACGGCGUAGACGACGCAGCCGCAAUCGAAUUCAACCACCACCACACAGCCAUCAUUACUACUGCUAUUAUUACUACUAUUAUUAUCAUGAUUAUUAUCACGAUUAACUAUUUUGCUCCUCCUUCCUUUUUCUCUCCUUUUACGAUUACAAUUGUCAUUACAAUUAAUUAUCCUUACUCUCACAAUUUAUUGUAUUAUUAUUUUAUUAUUAUUUUAUGAUUAUUAUUAUUAUCGUAAUACGAUUGUCAUUGUCAUCUCGUCCACGAUCACCGUUUGUUGGAUCAAACAUCGUUUGUCAGAUUAUGCCGAUGUUACUCUACCCAUUUCAACGUAUUGUAAAACUCUCUCGUGUCCACCGUUGACUGAUGACGACGCCGGUAAGGGUCCCUGAGUUUUCAGUGACCCCGGUGAAGUUCAAUAUACAUAUAUAUAUAUAAACAUUAUAUAUAUUACCCGGCAAUUUCGGUGUCCACCCAAGCACCUAGCUGCGCGUAACGAUGAAAAUAAAGAAACAGAGUAAAAUUAACGUAAAGGAAUUGACGUGCCGAUGGUGAAAGAACGCGUUCGUGCCUGCGACACACACAUACACACUUCAUUAAUUAAAUCAUGUUAACCGAUUGGCCGAAGAUUGCCGAUCGCUGCGAUUGCUCGUGUGUUUACGAUCAUUGUAUCGACGAUGAUCGUACUACCGGACGGUUCGGAGCGGGAUCCAUGUCAGAGGUUUUAUUUUGCGAUCGCUGAGAUUACAGAGCGGGCGUUGGAAGCAAUAUGAAACGAAUGUAACAGUCGGAUUGUGCCAGGCUUCGACGAACUCCCGUAAUUUUUAUAAGAAAUCAAAGCCAAGCCUCUCCGACCACCCGGUAGCCUAAUCGUCGAGCCAAAGCUGAGAUCUCAUUUCACUGAAACAGUCCCGGAUCAACGUACUUCCGCUUCUGUCGAGGUCUGAAACACGAUCGCCCAGUCCGAUCCAGCUGGAAAGGCAUGAAACUGAAAGAACAGGUUCAAUCGCUAAUUGAUUUCUGAUCAUUCGAGGCUCGUCGCCUCGUUUCAGACGUUCCCAAUCAUUUGCUUCGAUCGAACGUUUAUCUCGGUCGGGGAUCGUUUCUUUUCUUUCUUUGUUGUCCUCUUAAUUUUCCGCUCGGGCUGCAGAAAGUGAACGUGCAACAGUAUUAACGCUAUCCGUGAAUGUAAUCGUGAGAAUCGUGCGCCGAUUGUAACUUCAGCGAAUUCAUUUUAUCUUUCACAACUCCUUUUUUUUGUGCCCACACUGCCUACCGCUCUAUCCAAAGUGUCUCGUAAUUUCGCGGCCGUUUUCUGACGGUAUGAACGAGGACUAUGCUAACGCUUUGAUCGCCGCUGAUCGUAGCGCACUAUCGGCGCUUUUCGCACAAUUAUUAUACUUAAUCGAGGGAAAUUCAGGAUGAACGGUACCGUUAGCAGAAUCACGUGCGCGUCGCGGCGGCCCUCAAAACGUUAGGUACACAGGAAAUGAUAACUUCGACCAGGACAAGAGGCACUCUGAAAUCAUGAAGGAUUUCGUUAUCGCAACCUUUUGAUAAAUGUGUUAUCUUUUUCUUAUUUUUAUACUGGAAAUGCGACCGCACACAACUCGGUCGCGAAAUUAUGGGACACCUUGCGCAAGUAUACGUUCAUGAAGACACCGCACUGUACAUAAUGUAACGACAAAUAUUUUGCUACGGAGCCGCUAUAUCUUGCGUCGGAUGCGCGACGCGUUUCACUUAAUUGUAUAUUAUUUAAUAAAGCUGUGUAUCCACCAAAGGAACACUACGGGACUUCUUAUUGUUAACUUGUCGCUCGUUGUCAACUUCUCUACGACCAGUCCUCGACUCCGGAAUCAACGCUUCGUUGAAUCAAGCAACAAGUUUAGCAACAAGAUGUUCCAAGAGGGAACGUUUACAGUCUCUGUGAACUCCUACGUCUUCAUGAACGCAACGUGCUACUUACACGAACAUUUCAGUUUCCGAACAGCUCAGCAAACAUGUUCGAGCGUUCGCAGAAACGAUUAAUUAACUCUCGUACGCUUCUUCGCUCGUUUUAUGUCGACAAAGUGUGUUUCAUUUGUAAUCGCACGUUUUAGAAAAUAAUACAGCAUUGUAACGAAGAGACGCCAAACGUUUGGCAUCUAAAAAGAAAAUGGAUGAUCGAGGAGCGUACAGGUGUUAAUGAGAUGAGCCUCGUUUUAGCGUGACGAUGUUGUCGCUGAUAUUUGUAACUCGCAUAGAAAACAAAUAAAAAGCACGAGGAAACGUACCGAUUUCAGUUUCAUGCCUUCCAUGACGAGUUGGCAAGUCCAAGCUCCGUUUCAUAUAACAUAUCGAGAGGGAAGAAGCGCGUAAGAGUUACUUGUCCGUAGAUAGAAAUGUCUCCGCCGUGAACAAAUCUCCUAGGACGUAGAUCGCGAAACUAUACAUAUGAUAACACACCGAUACCGUUCAUCCGUGUUCUAACCGAGCCGAUUCGAGAGACGAUCUCGCGCCUCGGGUCAUCCGGGUUUGAACCCGCUAGUUUCGAACAGAGAGCCUCCCUUUUUUUUAAUUUCUUCGAGAGCACCAAACCGUGCGAACGGGAAACAAAAAUCACACCCAGAGAACCAAAGUACGUAAAAUUGAUCGACGUAGGAGCCGAUUUUCGAUACCGUCUUGAAACAAAACAGAAUUAAACUCUCCUCAGAGCGUGUCGCUGUUUAUGAUCGACGUGGACGAAAGAAUUUUAAAAGAGUGAAUAAAAGAGAGAUGAAUAUUCGAA